GGGUGCGUGGGAGUGACCGCAGGUGCUCAGGUGCGUGUCGGUGUGUUAAUUAGGCCCCACGGAUCCCUGGGGUCGUGCGGUGUCUGGGGCACAGGCGUUCUCCUCUACUUAGCUGUAGCUUUAAGGAUUAGCUACAUCAGUUUAGCCUAGCUUAGCCUAGCAUAGCCUAGCUUAGCCACCGCUCCUUACCCACGUUACCCUGUAGGGCGCAGCAACGUGAGAGUUGAUCAGAUUAAUUGAACCAAACCACGUAUUAUUACGUAUUAGUUUUAUUUUAAAACUAGACCACCAGAGGUUAUCAUUGAUGCAGGUUGUUAUUGCGCUUUUAUUUUAAGUAGCAAAUAUUUAGACGUUACCCGUUACAAAUACAGAUUUUACUCAAAAUCUUGCUUACAGCAAAUGGGCGUUACGGAGCGUCUCUUGUUACUCACGCGCUCAUAGAGGUUGACUCACGCUCAAUUACCAAGAGAAGUAUUUAGUAAACUUUCAGUUUCGUUUUUCUCGAAUCGCUUAGAAACAGAUAAACUCACCAACAAACAGCUGUGUCGCACGUCAAGAUGGGUGAAGUAUUGAAGCUUCUUGAACGGCACCGUCUGGACAAUUACUACGACCACUUUGUGCAGCUGGGAGUCAAAGAUGAGCGGGACUUUGUGGACAGUGUGACAGAAGAAGACCUGAACAGCUUAGGUUUAAGCCAUGUGGAAAAGAAUCGUUUUUCUGCCAUGAAAAGCUUCAUUCUGAGACUCGGAGCUCCAGACCAGCGAGUUCAUACGGUGAUGCCCGUGCAAAAGUCCCUGGAGUUUUUCAGCCUGAAGUACACGUACCCCAAGUGCCCCCAACCAAAGCUUGUAAAGGAUAUGGAUCCAGGGCAAAACACGAUGGAAGACUUGAUGCUAAGGAUCUGCCAUCUUGAAAAUGUAGGACACAUGAAAGGAGUGUGUCUCUACACAGUGGACGGAAUGCCUCUGACCGAUGAUCCUUUCUUCAACACGUGGUCUUUGAAAGAGAGGCACAUCCCAAACGGGUCUGUGAUCUAUGCCAUAUUUACACCAAAGGAAAACCUGGCGGAAGCUCCUCCAGCGUCACGGCGAGAGUCUGCUGAAACGCUUGGAGAGGAUCUCAUCCGGUGCCACAUCAUGCUGAGGGGAGACUACGAGUUGAUGGUGAACUUAGAAAGUGACACAAUAAACAGUGUGAGACUCAAGCUGGCGAGCGCUAGUGGCAUCCCACUGCACGUCCUUCACUACACAGGUGAACACAGUGGUGCUGACACACUCCAGGACUAUGGAAUCUCUGAGGGGUCAACGCUCGCCUUUUCUUUGUGGACAUUAUCUGAUGACACUCCAUACAAAGAGACUUUCUUCAUAAACGACGUUGUGCCUUCAGUCCAGCAGACUCAGAAAGGAAUCAGCGUCUUCCUGUCUUCGCUUUACGCUCUUAAAUCCCACUAUUCUAGCAGAUUGCUGAAAAAAUUGAUCGCCUACAUACGAAAGCUGACUGGUUGUAACCCAGUGGCCCAGAGUUUGCAUCAGUUACUCUGUCGGAAUGAGAAGAUGACCAGAAACCAGAAGAUUGCAGUUGUUGAAGGCCUGUACCUGCUCUUCAGAGAGCUUCUGCCCCAGCUUGGAUCCCAGCGAGGGCAAAAAAACAUCAGUGACCUGGAUGUGUUUGAGAAUUCUUUGUACUGCUGGGCGCAUCUCAUCUCAGUCGCAAAGAAACGUCCCUCGGACCAUGAGAACUAUGCUCCGAUCAGCCUUGUGUCAGACGAUGGCCGCCGUUUCUGUGAACCGGUCAGAGUUCCUGGAGUCCCAGGGGCCUUUGAACGAUCAUAUGUUCUCCUGAAAAUUAAAGAUGGAGAGAAAAUUCCAAACUGCACUGAGCAGGUUCUGAGAGAAACCUCUUUACAGAAAGCAGCUGACAUUGAGAAGCUGCUCCUCAGUCUGCCUCCAACCAUCAAAACGUAUCCUCUGUGGAUAAAUCAUGACAAGACCACCGGGCAGAACUUUCAGAUCAGUGUUCAGGAGACUUUUGGGAGCAUGGUGGAAGCAUUGACUUUGGUUCCUUGUCUCAAUGUGACCCCUCCCUUGCCUCUGAAGAGUCUAGGAGUGUCCAACACUCAACUCGUUCUGCUAAGUGAAGACAAUCUCGGUGUGUAUCUCCAUAAAGACAAAGGAUCAACAGAUAUGAUCACAGUGUAUGAUUGUCUGGACGGCAAAGAGAAAACGGUGGAUGUAAACGUUUUGGCAGCCAAGACUGGUGACCAUAGAGACGACCAGUCAUUCGUCACAACCAGAACCCCCAAAGAGGCCAUACUGGUGCUGAUAGACACAAGCUCCUCCAUGGAGGAAGAGUGCUACAGAAAUGCAGGAAUAAAGAAGAUCAAUGCAGUCAAGGAGCUCUUUCACAACUUUGCUUCAAGGAGCAUGGCUUAUGAUUUCCAUCAUGUCAUUGGCCUUGUGAAGUUUGACACCAUGGUGAAAACGCUCCAUGCAUUUACAGAGAAUCUGGAAAAGUUCAAGGAGCACGUUCGUUCACUGGAGCCAAAUGGAUGCACUUUGCUGUACGAUGCACUACGACGUGGGGUCCUGGAGUUGGAAAAGGUCAAGGGCAAGUUCCCAGACUGUCGACUUAGGAUCGUGUGUCUCACCGAUGGAAAUGAUUCUGGCAUUUUCACCUGUCUGUAGAUCAUCGAUCGAGCCAGUGGCUGUUACAGCCAAACUGAUCAAAUCUAGCAUUGUUGUGGAUUCGGUCCUUCUUGGCAACGUGGACAACAACAUGCUGCACGGAAUCAGCAAUGCCACAGG